GGUCUCGAUCCAAGAUGGCGGAGGCCGCCCCGGCGCGCGCCGCACCGGCCAGCGGGCGGGCCCCUCCGUUCCCAGCAGGCAGCGGGCGGGACGUGACGUGGGACGUAUGACGUGAGGCGAGGCGCGGAGCGGCCGUUGGCGCGGGGUGGUCGUGUGACAGGUGCCGGCGCCUGGGCGGCCGCUGGCGCGCGAUGGUGGUGUGUGCCGCCUGCGGGUGCGCGCUGCCUGCCCUGGGCCACCAGCCGCGCUGCCCGCUCUGCGCCGCCACCGCCGCCUCAGGCUGCGGCGAGCUCCGUCGGCACAUCGAGGUGGCCACUCCAGAGUCGGGGCUGUCGAGCGUUAGCCGUCCCGCCGAACUCGCCGAGGAGCUGCCCGAGUGCCCCUUCUGUGGGGAGGCGGCAGGGCUGGAGCUGGAGACGCAUGUCCGGGCGCGACACGGGCACCUCCUGGUCGCCCCAGGCACAGACACAGGAGACAAUGAACAUCUUUAUGAAUGUCCAAUGUGCAGUCUUACCUGUACAAACAUUCAGAUUCUUGAAGAACAUGUGGAUUUACACUUGGAGGAACAUAGCUUUUCAGAAGAUGGAAACAUAGGAGAUCUAGAACUAGCUCAGCGUCUCCAAACUGAAGAAGAUAAACGACAGAGAUCAGAAGAGGAUAAGCGAGAGAAGGAAGAAUUUAAAAAGCUGCAGAGACAGUAUGGCUUGGAUAAUUCUGGAGGCUACAAGCAGCAAUUCCUAAAGAAUAUGGAAAGGGAAGUUGAUAAAGGAAAGAUGCAGCCUUUUGAAUAUCACAAGAGAAAAGCUGACAUGAUGGAAUGUUUGGCUUUUGGUAUAGAUGAUGGGAAAACAAAGACCUCAGGAAUCAUUGAAGCUUUGUGCAAGUACUAUCAGAACGAAAACAAAGAUGUGAGGCAUGUAUGGCUUUCAGCAGGAGUAGAUCACUUCCACUCAUCUUUGGGCGACAGAGGCUGGGGUUGCGGUUACAGGAAUUUCCAAAUGCUCCUUUCCUCACUGUUGAAAAACAGCUCUUUUAAUGACUGCCUGAGAGAUACUACACUAAUUCCUAGUAUACCAAAGAUUCAAUCCAUGAUUGAAGAUGCCUGGAGAGAAGGCUUUGAUCCUCAUGGGGCAUCUCACUUCAACAGCAGAUUGAGUGGUUCCAAAGCAUGGAUAGGAGCAUGUGAAAUUUAUUCACUGUUAACCAGUCUCAGGAUAAAGUGUCAAAUCAUUGACUUUCACAAGCCGACUGGCCCUGUGGGUACACACCCUCGUUUAUUUGAGUGGAUUUUGCGUUACUAUUCUACAGAUAAUGAAGGUGGUGCAAAAGUAGUGUGUACUUCCAAACCACCAAUCUACCUGCAGCAUCAAGGUCAUAGUCGUACUGUUGUUGGAAUAGAAGAGAGGAGGAAUAAAACCUUGUGUUUGCUACUGUUUGAUCCGGGCUGUUCUUCCCAAGAAAUGCAGAAACUGCUAAAACAAAACAGUGAUGGUACUAGUCUCAGACAACUUCGGAAGUCUGUGGGUAGCUUAAAAGAAAAGCAAUACCAGAUAGUGGCUGUAGAUGGUGUACUCUCAUUGGAUGAGAAAGUCGCUUGCCGCCUUGCUUCUCAGGUCUUAACAUCUGAGAAGAUUCCCUGAAGGAUGCCUUUAUUACCUUUUUCUGGAAUUAGUUGGAUGCAAAACAUUAAAAUUCCUGACUGUGACCCUAACUCAACGAUUUCUUAGACUUAAACUAUGUCUCCAUAAAUUGCUGGGGGCUCUGGAGAAGCACAACAUUGGAGUAAACCUGUAGUUCUGUUCUUCAGUCAAAGCUCUGCCCUCCUGGUGAAUCUGUAACUCUGAAUCAUUAUAGAACUUGUCUUACUAGAAAAUGUGUUAUAUUCUUAGUUUCUUUGCCAUUACCAUCCUGUAGCAAACUAUGCACCACAGUUAACUGUUAAUAAGCAGUGAAAAAAAAUACUAUGGAACUACUUUGUCAGAGUGCCUGGUCAUGGAUUACCUCUGUAAAUAUAAUUAUACUGCCUCUGUGGCCAAUGCUCAGUUUCUUACAAAAUUUGAUCAACACAUAUCUAUUAUGCCUCAGCAAAUUCUCCUGCAACUGUUUCCAAAGUACAGAGACAGUUUAGUGAUUUCACAACAGAGUCGGUUCCGCUAGGGAUUAGUUUACUACUGAAGUUCUUUUCAUUUAGCUGGCUUCUCUAGAUUACUCCCAUGUAAACAAGUGUGCUUAUGACGUGGGUCAAUAUUAGCACUGGCUGUGAGGUCUAAGAUAGUGGUGUCCACAGUAGGGGAUAGGGAUGGGGCGGUGGGGGGCCUGUUCUAGGAACUGUGCCGGACAAUCUGUCA